GUGUGUACACAAUAGAUGUGGGUAUGGGUACAUAACUGCGUAUAGUUUUACAGUACUGUCAUCAAAACGAAAGCUUCUUACAAAACACGGCGUUAAUUAUCAGUUUUAUAGACCACGACUUUUCGUCUUUUAUUUGUGUCUACAAUUUCCUCACAAGUAUAUACCUAAAUUACGGUUAUUGUUUAGUGCAAGUAUUAUUGACGGUGCUGGACUAUCAAGCCUCCUGAGAGAGUUGGGGGGGAGUUGAUGUGCAUGUGCGAUUACGAUCAUGUGAAAACGAAAGUUGCGUGUGAAUAAUAUAGAUGAGGUGCGAAAACGGUGAAUCACGCAUAGUAACUUAUUGCGACUCCCGAAAAUUCUAUUGCGACAUGCUCCAAUUGGACAAUGCUUCUGUUUUGAUGUCAGUUUUGAGGCCAUCACUGUUGCCAAAAGCUUAUUUAAUAAGCAUAAGAUAAAAAAGUACGAUCACGCAUCGCUUUUUAAUUAUUUUGUUUUUUUUUUUAACUCUGUUAUGACAAGAGGAUAAAUAAGAUAAUGGAGAAGCCAAAAAUCGAUGAGCUCAAGGCUGCGGUUUAUUGGAUAGCAACGAAUUACCAGCAGAAUUAUUACGAAAUCAGUAGUGACUGGAACAAGUACAACGCAGACGAGCACGUAUAUCUCAAGAACUACAUUGGCUAUGCAUUGUAUGGGCCACCAGAGUACCCAGAUGUUUGCAACGAUCAAAAGGAUGAAGAAAGUUGUAACCAAAAAGAGGAUGAAAAUGACCAAGAAAGUUGCAACGAAAAAGAAGAGAAUGGAGCGUAUUUUUAUAAAGAAAAGGGGGCCAUAGAAUUGAUAGAUUCUAUUUUUCAUAAGGUUAUUGAACACGGAACCCAAUUGACUGAAGAAGAAGAGGUGCUGUGUAGUGCAAUAUACUGCUGCAUCUACGAUGAUAGUUCCUUAUCCCAAUAUGAUGUUUCCCAAUUGCACGAGACCAUACAGAUUAUACCAAUUUUUAAAGUUCAAAAAUGUAUUCAGAAAAAGGUAGAAAAAAAGCUUGUGACUGAAUGUCAAGUUUGGUUUAUAGACACUGAAGCUAGAGUUUACAAUGGAUGGAAAGAUUACUUGACCCACAACAAUCUGCCCACUUGUACUAUGGUUGCUCCCAAAAAUGGAAUUUACCAAGCUGAUUUGAAAGAAGUCUGGUCAGAUAAAACAUCCGCUGUGUGGGUAGAAGCCCAUAGGAUCAAUACUACCAGAAAGAUAACUAAUGCAGUUGAUAUUGCCAGUACUCUUGUUAAUUUGGGCUGCAUUGGGAUAGGCGUUGCUGCCAUAUUCAAUCCGAUAUCUGCUCCAGUUGCACUAGCAGGUGCUGUUGGCGGGGCCGUGUCAGGAGCAUGGGGUGGUGGCAGAGCGGUAACAGAACUAGUCGAUCGUGGCAAACACGAUCAGUCAAUCAGUAUUGUAAACAAGCACGCAAUUCCAGCUUGGCUUGGAGUAGCCGGCAGUACCUUAGGAUUAGCCGCCAGCAGUGGAUCUGCUCUUUUGUCUCGAGCCAUACGCACUGGCACUAGCAUUGGCACCAGCGCUCGAGUGGCUCACGAUGCCAUCAUGAUUGGCAAUCUUUUCGUCAAUUCCGUCGGGGUGGGGUACAAUUCUGUCGCAAUGGUUCAAAAAUACAGGGAAACCGGCGAAGUGUCUGCCAAGGAUGUGUUCUUCCUAACGGCUCAUGUACUCUUUAUCUGCAACUCUGCUGUAAAAAUGAGGCUUGCAUCGGAUAUCAUCAAGUCCGAUCAGAAUCAGAUAUUAAAAGAUUACGAGGAGAGCUUGCGCAGCAACAGACAUCGCAAAGAGUUCCGUCGCCUCGUAAGAAACACUGGAAGUAAUGUAGUUGACGAAGUUCAUCGGAACGAGCAGAUCAUCAGAUCGCUCACCAAAAUCAGCAACAAAGACGAGUUUUUUGCAACAAUGGUACAAAAUCGAAAAACAUUUGCAUCAACCGGUACCCAGCUGUCUUUUGCCGAGGGUCAAGUACAAAUUAAUGGCGUCACACUAAUUAAUCCCUCUGCAUUUGCUUCAAUGUCUAAAGACGGUAUGCUAGAAUUGAUAAACCAAGUAACAACGGGCAAUUCUAAACCGAGUGUCACCCCCACUAGUAAUAAUGCACCAUCCAGAACUAAUUUAAUAUCCUCAAAUGCACUUAAAUCUGGAAUAUCUACGGUACGUAACUUCUGUGUACAGAAAGCCGUAGCUCUUCCCUCAGACGUUACUACUACCACUACGAACUACAAGGGCAUUGUAAGUGAUUUACAAGACGUAGCUGAAAACUCUAAGAUCAUUAAAUUAUUGUUAGAAACGGGCAUGUGCAUUGUCAAGAAGAUUACGACGACAGGUGAGUAUUCCGAGGAGGAUGCACUCGCGGACGCUACGAAUUUCAUUUGGAGUGUAGUGAAAAUCAAUAUGAUCCAAUACUUGCCGGGCAUUGAUGUGUUCAACAUUCAGUACCAACAUUACAUUCACGAAUUUGUACAGGCUACUUACGAUUAUGUCAAGACCAACAGUGGAGAAUGGGUCAAGGCCUUCCGCAAAUACUGGGAUUCCGUUUCAUCAAAAAGUGAAAGAGGAGAUGAAAAUCAAGCAGAGAAAACAAAGAAGGAUUCCAAUGUACAAAAGGAGAAUAAAGAGAUACGUUAUAACGAUAUAAUAUUGCUAGAUCCUUCCGAAGUUAUGGGCUUGCCAAUAGAAGUAUCAACCAUGUUGGUUGAAGAGGCUUUGAGCAUGACUGGUUCAAAGAUGAGUGAUGAUGAAAGUCUUCCCAAAGAAAUGGCCAAGAUGUGCGAAGACGAGCUCAACGAUUUCUUUGCCAAGCAUCCAGUGAAUUUGGAUUUCAAGUUGGCCAGCUUAGUAAACGAUUUUAAAGGUAUUCUCAUCGACUUGAAGAAUUACGACAAGAAUGAUAUCAUUUUUUACAAGCUACUCAUUAUUUCCAUCAAUAUUACUCAACGAGUGACAAAAAACAGCGUUCUGAAAAAGGACGUUUUAGUAGAUGUAAUGAAAUGCUUAUGGAUUUUCGUCAAUAUUAAUUUCACGCAAAUUCUGCCCGACACCUGCAUGUUUAACGACGAGUACGAGAGCUCCGUGAUAAAUAUUAUUAUAGCGUUUUACAGGUACCAAUUGGCAGAGUCCAAAAAAUGGUCAAGUGCCUUUGAGAAGUACAGAGAAAAAUAUGGCAAAAAGUAACUUACGUGUGAUAACCAGGGAAGCUUAAUGUUAACUCGUAGUUUAUAAUUUAUAUUUAAAAAUCCUUUAUAAGAGUAACUAUUAUUGCACCAAUCAAAAUGUUAGGGCCAACAUUUGAGUGAGGCUUUCAUGCGUAGAAUAAUUUUUAAAAUUAAGUUUUUUUGUACAUAACACGUUAUCACAUGCAGUAAGAAAUUUUAUUUUUUAAU